GUGAUGUGAGGCAGCAGCGCCAUGGGAGAGAAGGUGGGCAACGCUGAGGUGCUGGUUGGUGGGUCGGGCGGCACCUGGCACCAAGCUCGUCUGACCCUGGAGGGCGACCUGCUCUUCGUGACCCUUACUGACCUCGAUGACUUGAGCGCCGUGCAGGGGUCGGAUGGGGAGAGCGGCCCAGCGGAGGUGCCUGAGCCAAUCGCCAGCCAGAAACGAGUGGUCCAGAUAUGCAAAUCGGACAACAAUGGCCUUGGGAUUUCCAUUAAAGGCGGCCGGGAGAACAAAAUGCCCAUCCUCAUAUCUAAGAUUUUUAAGGGCAUGGCAGCUGACAUGACGGAGAACCUGUAUGUAGGUGACGCAAUCCUCUCAGUGAAUGGAGAAGACUUGAAGGAGGCGACACAUGAUGAAGCGGUGAGGGCGCUGAAGAGAGCUGGCAAAGUGGUGACGCUCGAAGUGGUGCCCUCCUUCUAUAUUACAGUCAAAUACCUCCGGGAGGUGACGCCAUAUUUCCGGAAGGCCUCCGUAAUGGCUGAUAUUGGAUGGGAGCUUCAGUCUGGGUUUUUAGGGGCAGAGAAUGGGUUUUUGUCCAGCGAGGAGGAGAGGAGGUCGCCCAUCAUGACCAACGGGCCGGACACUCGCUCCGUCCCGCUGCUCUUCUGCCAUCUCACCAGGAACUACAAGUGUGAUGAGAACAACAGCCUGGAGCUCCACUCACCAGACCGGCUACACAGUUUGGUGCUGCGGUGUCCCCUGGAGGCAGACGUGGUGAGCUGGUACAACGCCCUGCACUCCACGCUGGACCGCCUCACCAACGCUGCCCUCGCCCACGCCAACAGAGUACUUGGUGAUGUACUGGACAAGGCCACAAUUCACCACAUAGGCUGGCUUAAACUCAAGUUGGACCAGGCCAAGGAGGAGUGGGAGCCCCAGUUCUGCGCCGUGACGGACCACGACAUGAUACUGUUCCAGGAAGUACCAUGGACCAAGGAAGCCUGGGCCAACCCCCUCGUCUUCUACCCGCUGCUGGCCACGCGGAUUGUAAACUCGUCCCAGAAGGGUUCCUUGGGUGGCAGUGACCCCAUCACAAUGACCAUGAGGUGUGGCACUCAGGAGGGUGUGUCUACCAGUGUGUUCCAGCACGACACCCACCGCGACUUGGCCACCUGGGUGAAGGUUCUGGUCCACGGGGCACACACAGCUGUACAGAGGCAGAAGGAAGUGGCGUGUUACUGUGAGUGCGGUGUUGAGGCAAAGCUUGUGCUGCACCACGAGGAAGGCUUCACCCUGCUGGCCACACACGAGGGGGCGGGCAGCGGGCGGGGCAGGGUGUUGUGGUCACAGCCCUUCCACAAGCUGGUCAUGAGCUCAGACGACGGGGCUCGACUCAUCUGGCUACGCUUCGAUGGGGACAUGGAAGUGGAACUGAACCUGAAGACCAACCCCAAGCCCUUUGUGUUCAUCCUGCACACGUUCCUGUCGGCCAAGGUGCACCAGCAGACCCUCACCUCCUGACACAGAGUGGUGGAGCCGCCCGCCGCAGCCAAGACGGUGGGUCCACUGCCGCUGCUGCCCAGGAAGGCCGGGAACCCAGACCACCCUGUCAAGGCCAAGCCCACCAGCCUCACCAACCUCACCAAAGUCCCUCGACCUGGCCCACCCCUCGUGCCCCCCAGACCGUCCGCUCAUGGUGAGUGGCGGCCGCUGAGCCAGUCUGAGCCGCGCCUACCCCUCAGGAUCAGAGGCCAGCCCGAGACAUCAAAGCCUGGACCACCACCACCACCACCACCAGGACCAGGACCAGCGACAGCAGCAGCAGCAGCAGCAGCAGCAGGAGGAGGCAAAUCCAACUGGGACGCAAGCUAGGAGGGCAUUGGGGAGGCAGCACCUUCACUAGUGUGUGUGUGGAGUGUGCUGCAGCUGGUGCGUUGAGAAGGCAGCUGGUUUUCCCUCUAAUGUUAGUGACCACUUCCUACCGUGAACCUGUCCUCCAUGGUGUGGCACUGUGAGGGCCAUGGAGUGCCAGCCUGGUGAAGGUGAGGGCCAGGCAUCCUUCCCUCCACACUGCACUCCACCUGGUGAGUGAGAGGAAGACAAGGGUGGAGGAGGCAGAGAGAGUUCCACAGUACCAGGUUGCCUCUCUACCAUGCAAAAGACUUCAGUGCAUCCUCUCCCUCCUCUUCUGUGGACACUGACUCAGGAGGCUGGACCUGGUGACUGAUUGGUGAGUGUAGUUGUCCAGUGAGAGACAGACAGCACUGGUGGUAUUCCUGCUGAGGUCAGAACAUUGGUGUUUGCACGGUGCACUCACUACACACUCAAGGAAAUGAUUGUGUCAGGAGAACAUCAUGGACAAUGGUUUCCUUUCAAAUUUUCCCUGUGCUGAUCCGAGAAAACAUCAUGGACAGUGUUUUCCUUUCUUUCCCCGCGCUGAUUCCUUCCCUGUCCUGUGGAGGGAGACGUCAGGGAGUUCUUACCCAAGUGCUUUAGAGUUGUUGUGUUUCCCUUGUGUGGUGUGUUGGGGUCCAUGUCACCUGCAGCCUGAGUUAGAGUUUGUAAUGUUGCGUUCGUUCGUUGGCAACGGGACCGACACACAUGUUUAUUUUUGUUGUGGGUGUGUUUCGGUGCAAGUCCAAUGUGUUGAUCGUGAGGGAGGAGGUGUCAAGUGUAGCUUUAGGUCCAUGAAGUGUCCAAGUGAGCGGAACAUUAAUGUGAGAGGCUUGCUUGGUCCAGAACGGAUGAAAGGGACGCCUGUGACACCUCUCGGCAGAAAGAUCCAUAGCAGGCGUGUUUGUUUAGUGUUUGUUUGGUGUUUGCUGGCCCUCGGUGGAUGCGUCACUCAACUCUCCACCACCGAGCUAUUUCCCGCAACACAAACCAAGCAAACCAGGGUGAAUGUUGUGCAUCUUUGUGUUUGUUUCCUGAAGGUUGAGUAAGCUGUCCAUCUCCUCCAGACUGCAAGCUGUAGUGAGUGUUGUGACGUUACCAAGCGUGUCGAGUGUGGUGGAGACUCGUUUUGCCCUGUCACAUUUGCUCUGUCCAGGCAGGUGCUACAGUGUCAGUCCAGAGGUGUGUGUGUGAGAGUGUGUGAGAGUGAGAAUGUGUGUGUGUUUGUGCUCACUAA